AUGGAAACUAAACUAAAAUUGUUCUGUCAGACAGAAGAAAAUAUUGACUCAGUGGAUUCUAGUUCUCAUUCUUUUGCAUCUGACUUGUCAUCAAGAAAUAUUUACAGCAAGAAAUACAUCAAGUUUACUAAAACAACAGAGAAGAAAAUUACACCAUUAAUUUCACCUGAAAUUAGGGGUUUGAGCCCAGGACAGAAAAAAACGUCAGAAACAUCAGUAUGCCUAUGUGAAGAAAAAUAUGCUGACAAAAUCAGGAGAAAGAAAAGUGUACAAGUACAACUGCAUAGUAAAAGAACAGAGAUUACCUCUUCCUCUGUGAAGCUGUCAAAGGAGAAGAUAACUAAGAAAGAAAGCUCUUCACACAAGCUGCCUAAUCAGUGCGGAAUUUACAAGACUUCAUCACCCAUAAGAACAGCUCCUUCAAUUACUGGGAAAAAGGAAACACAUUUUAACCUCUACCAGACUUUAUAUGAAGAAGUACCUUGCAGACGCUUAUUCUCAAAAGAGUUAAAUGCACUUCAUAGAGCCUGUAAACUAUUUAGUAAAAUUCAACAUGGCAAGAUUUAUGUGAAUGAUCUGCCAAUGAUCCUAUGCACCUUGAAGAUUUCCAUAAGUGAUUCAGAAAUGCGACGGGCACUAAAGAGUAUUGAUGUUGAUGCAUUCCAGGAUGCCUUCAGGAUAUUCUGUAGGAUAAAAGAUGGUCAAGUUGCAACUAAUGAAGUGAUUCCUGUUUUGAAUAGCAUGGAUAUCUUUGUAGCCACUGAAACUGUUCAGGAGGUGAUACGCUAUACCUGUGUUGACAGUAACAAUAUGGUGGAUUUUGGACAUGUUGUAUUUACUUUGAAUGAACUACAACAAGAAUAUGAGGAUGUUUCCAGUAUAGAAGAACCAGACCUGGGUAAAAUUUCUUCAGAUCAAAAGUUAUCAAAGCUACCUCACCACUCUCUACAAUUUAAGAAGACAGUCAAUUUAUAUUCCAGAUUGUCUGAAAUGCCAGCCACUCAAAAGUUAGCUAGAAAAAGUCUUCAACAUAACAGGAUUAUGGAGAAUAAUGAUAUCAUUGAAUUUAAGAGUCAAAAAAUUACUUGGCAAAAAAAAAAAGUCCUGGAUGGAGUUGAUAGUAGCGAUGUAGGGUACCAGGAACCAAGCUCCAAGGAUGGCAUAACUCUCAAAAAACAUUCAGACAAGGCAGAAGUUCAUGACUUAAAGUUGAAACCCCAAAGUCUGAAGAGUAUUUCAAGCUUCAAAAUGUCUCUAGAUAAAAGUGAUAUUUCUAGCAUUCCAAAAUUGAAGAAGCCAGCUGUAAGAAGGCGUUCCAGCCUGCUAAAACAGAUUUCAUCUAAGGAAAAAACUGCAGUUGAUACUCUUGAAAGUAUCUGUGAAGCUGUCCAUAAACUCAAAGAAAAUUACAUUGCUGCAGAAGAACUUUCGUCCAUUUUACCUUCAGUAGGAAUUACUUUAUCAGACAGCGAGUUCCAGAAGACUGUGACAGACACUACUAGAAAUGAAAAUGAAAUGGUGAAGCUAGAUGACUUUAUGAGUACUCUCACCAAGAAGCGAAGUCUUUCCAAAUGUACUGUUUUGCCUGAUGUCAUUAAAGCCAUUGAUAAAAUCAAAGAUGAAAAUAUGGAUUGUAGGGAUUUGAAUACUUGUCUUCAAAAUUUUGGAGUUUAUCUUUCUAAACCGGAAUUUGAGAAGAUCCAAGCGUUGACUCCAGUAGAUGAAAUGAAAAAAGUGCAUUUUAAAGAAUUCGCAGAUAAUAUGAUGAAGAACACGGAGCGCUUCUCUGAAAAAUUAUUAUUAUCUGAUGCUAUUGAAAACCUCAACAAUCUAACCAAAGAGAAGAUAAACGUUUCUGACCUCUGGAACAUUUUAUUUUCUUCAAAUAAUAAUUUAAAAAAAGAUGAAUUCCUAGCUGCAGUGAAACUAGCAAGAGUUGAUGAAAAUGACAACUUACAAUUUGACAAAUUUUCAGAAGUGGUAAAGAAUAUGCAUGAUGCCUCAAAGUUAGAUGAAUUGAAGGAGGUUACUUCUGUCCCCAAUUUGCUUGAAGGUGACAUGAUAUCUGGGAAGAACUUAGAAGACUUUCUAAGAAAUAUUGGGAUUAAGUCACCUAAAGAAGAGGCAGAUAAAAUUCUUCAGUCAGAUUUUGUUUCUGAAGAUAACAUGGUGAAUGUUAAAGACUGCAUGAGGACUUUGAGGGACACUCAGAAAUUUUCCAAUUUUUUGGGUAAGAGUUCUGUGGUGAAACUGAUAAAAGGCAACAAUCUUAAAGAAACUGCACGCAUCUUGUCACUUGUUGAUAAUGGCAGAAUUAGUAUACCUAACUUGGAGCAUGCCCUGAAAAGUUUGAAUAUUAAUCUAACUGAGGAGGAAUUCAAUGAAGCUCUUAAAUACUGUGACAUCAGUGAAAAUAUGGAAGUGGAUUUAAAAGAAUUCUUAAUGGGAAUAAAAGACAUUCCAGGUUUCAAAAAGUCCAUAGCUACACAACUACUCUUAGCUACUUCCCAAACUCUUCAAAAUGAUUUAAUUGAUAUAUCUGACCUAAAGACAUCAUUGAUGAACAAUGAACUUCAUGAAGCUAAUGCUAUACUUAAUGAAAUGUUAAAACAUGAACCUGAACAUGAAAAUGGCAAGAUGUCUGUUCAAGAAUUUCUGACUAAGAUUUUGAAUACAUUAACAAUUCCUACUGAUGCAGGUGAGUUUUAUUUAAUGUGUAUCUACUGAUCACCUUUGGAAAGACAAGCAGUGGCCUACAUGUUAACACACACUUCAGGGAAAAAUAGUUAA